AUAUAUCAGUUCAGUCGAAUCCGGCGAGUCGGUCGCUCAGUUUCUUUGUUGUCUAUCCUCGUGUCGAUCAGAACCGUGCGUUCGUGUUAUGAACCGGGUUUCUAUCCCGUGUAUCGUGUAAUGUGUUCAUAUUCACACACUUUAGUCAUUUCACAUCUCAGCUACCAUACAUACAUAUACUCAUACAUUUUAAGAUAAUGCCGGUAAUUUCAUCGUUUAUAUUAAUACCUUUUUGUAGUACAUAUACAUUUAUAUACAUUUGUGUUUAGUUAAUUUCAUUUUAUUAAUUACCGAUAACAUCCGGUUUUAUUAUUUUUGUACCUCAAUAUUUUAUUUCUUAAGGAAGGAGAAGAAAAGAAGAAAAAAAAUAUAAAAUAACCCGGAGUCCAAUCGGUUUGACCGGCGGGGGGUUACGAUUAUAUGAUUGUGUCACUUUAAGGAAGACGCGUUAUUAAAAAAACAGUGUACAAUAUAUGACAGAAAUCUAUAUUAAGUGCGUACACAUGCUGGAGAAACGGCAGAUAAAAUAAAAAAAACUUAUUUUUUUAUUUAACGAGACGAAUUAUAUUUCAUAAAAUGAGACCCUGGACCAAUAAAACAGUGGCGCUGGGUGUUAUUGGAUUAAUAUGUUUAAUUGUUGGCAGUCUUUUGAGUUGCACGUGGCGGGUAAUAUUCGAUGGGAUUUUAAAAAAAGAAUUACCUCUAACACCAAAUUCACGGUCAUAUGAACUUUGGAAAGAUACCAGUAAACUUCCAAUGAACAUUGAUUUUUAUUUUUUCAAUUGGACUAAUCCCGAGGAAUUGAGAGUACCAGGGAAGAAGCCAAACUUUGUACAAAUGGGACCAUAUAGUUUUGUAGAAAGAAGAGUAAAAGUAAAUAUAGUAUUCCAUCCAAAAAAUAAUACCGUAAGUUAUGAUCAAAUGAAGUACUGGUACUUCGACGCUAAACGCAGUAAUGGAACUUUGCAGGAUAAAGUUGUAAAUUUAAAUACUGUUGCAGUUUCAGCCGCACAUACAAUAAGAUACUGGCUACCAGUGAUGCAGAGUACACUUUCUUUCAUUUUGGCAUCAUCGAAAAUUUAUGUCGAAAAAACAGUAAGCGAAUUAUUAUUCGAAGGAUACAAAGACGAAAUAAUUUCAAUGAGCUCAAUGGUUGCAAGUGAUGAAUUUGAAGUUCCGCCUUUUGAUCGGUUCGGUUGGUUUUACAUGAGAAAUGGAUCGACAUUUUUCGAUGGGCAUUAUAAUGUAGCAACAGGCCAAGAAGAUUUAAGUGAACUGGGAAUAGUUAAAUAUUGGAAUUAUAAAGACACAACAAAGUAUUAUCGCAGUCCUUGUAACGUCGUUGAGGGUAGUGCCGGUGAAUUUUGGCCACCAAAUCCUCCUAAAGAUGACGUUAUCAGUAUUUGGACUGCUGAUUUAUGCCGUCCACUUGUAUAUGAAUACUCUGAAGAAGUAAUGCAUCAAGGAAUGAAAGGUUACAAAUAUCAACUUGGAAGAAUAUCAUUGGGUAAUAAUACAAAGCGUCGUUACCCACAUGAGCAAGCAAAAUAUUUUGAAAAAACAACAACGACUGAAGACUUUUUUAGCGCGGAAUUAACUACCCCUAGCAAUAUUAAUAAUAAUAAAAGUAAAAACAGUAUUAAUAAAGAAGAUGAUCCGGAUGUCGUUAAUAUUGGACAGUGUUUUUGCAAUGGCGAGUGCACGCCAAUGGGACUAAUAAACAUAACAGCCUGUCGUUAUGGGGCACCAGGAUUUGUCAGUCUUCCUCAUUUCCACAAAGCGGACCCAAUAAUUAGGGACCAAGUUGUCGGAAUGAAUCCGAAGGACGAAGAACACAAUUUUUAUGUCACACUAGAACCUAACACGGGAAUUCCGUUGGAUGUGGCGGCAAGAUUGCAAAUAAAUAUAUUACUCCAGCCAUCACUGACGGUCGAUUUCUUUAGAAAUGUACCGCGUGUCUAUUUUCCGAUGUUUUGGUUUAAUUUCCGAGGGGGCACUCCGGACAAUUUGGCGUGGGGGCUGAAACAACUGCUGACCUUACCGUCCACUGGGUUGUAUACUAGCCUUGCAAUGGCUAUUCUAGGAGUUGUAUUAAUUGUGAUAGUUAUUAUUAUACAGUUUAUAAGAACUAGUAGUCCAAUGACUGGAAAAUCGCGAAAAAUUCGUGAAGCCAACGGCACUAAAACGGAAUUAGUUUACAUGGACACAACGACCUCUCUAGACGACCAUGAGAGAAGUGAUCGACCGUUACGUCCUAAAGAUUAAUUAUAAUUAUAAAAUAUCAAUUAUUAAUUAUUAAUUAUCGGUUACCGAUUACCAAUAACCAAGUGAUCAAUUUAAUUAAUUUUAAAUACUAAAGUAAUUGACAAGGUAUUUCGUAAACUAUACGAGUUUCAAGGUCCGUAUUUACAUGACUUGUCAGUACAAAUAAUGGACAAGUUUCUUAUUAUCAUUGCUAUUAUUACUAUUAUUAUUAUUACUAAUCAAGGUUGCUAUCAAUAUAUACAUAUCCAAAAAAAUUUUU